GGGCCCGGCCGUGCCCAUCGGCAGCCGCCGCUCCCGGACGGCGCCCGGCGCCGCAGCCAUGGAGGACUCGGACGAGGCUGAGCUGACCCAGUUCCUGCGGGAUUGCCCAGCAGCUGACAGCUCCAGGAAGGUGGAGGCCCCGGAGAGUCGGCGGGAGCCCGGCCACCCCCUGGGCAGCGGGGCCAGGGUCCCCCCAGAUGAAGGCAGUGACGAGAGGGACGCCAGGAUUCUCUCCCGCUCCCGGCCCGCGGAUUUCCAGCAGCACAUCGCCGCCCCCCCGCCCCCCAGCCCCAACCGCCCGCGGAGCCCCUGGGGACAGCUGGACCCCUACGACUCCUCCGAGGAUGACAAGGAGUACGUGGGCUUUGCCACGCUGCCCAACCAGGUGCAUCGCAAGUCGGUGAAGAAGGGCUUUGACUUCACCCUCAUGGUGGCAGGGGAAUCCGGGCUGGGCAAGUCCACCCUGGUCAACAGCCUCUUCCUGACGGACAUGUACAGGGACCGCAAGCUGCUCAACGCCGAAGAGCGCAUCACACAGACAGUGGAGAUCACCAAGCACGUGGUGGACAUUGAGGAGAAGGGGGUCAAGCUGCGCCUGACCAUCGUGGACACGCCGGGCUUUGGGGACGCCGUCAACAACACCGAGUGCUGGAAGCCGGUGGCCGACUACAUCGACCAGCAGUUCGAGCAGUAUUUCCGUGACGAAAGUGGCCUCAACCGGAAAAACAUCCAGGACAACCGAGUGCAUUGCUGCAUCUACUUCAUCUCGCCCUUCGGCCACGGGCUCCGGCCCCUGGACGUGGAGUUCAUGAGAGCUCUGCACCAGCGCGUGAACAUCGUGCCCGUGCUGGCCAAGGCUGACACCCUGACCCCCGCCGAGGUGGAGCGCAUGAAGAACAAGAUCCGGGAGGAGAUCGACCACUAUGGCAUCCGCAUCUACCAAUUCCCUGAGUGUGACUCGGAUGAGGAUGAGGAGUUCAAGCUGCAGGACCAGGCACUGAAGGAGAGCAUCCCCUUCGCCGUCAUCGGCAGCAACACGGUGGUGGAGGCCAAGGGCCGGCGCGUCCGCGGGCGCCUCUACCCCUGGGGCAUCGUGGAAGUGGAGAACCCGUCCCACUGCGACUUCGUGAAGCUGCGCACGAUGCUGGUGAGGACGCACAUGCAGGACCUGAAGGACGUGACGCGGGAGACGCACUACGAGAACUACCGCACACAGUGCAUCCAGAGCAUGACCCGCAUGGUGGUCAAGGAGCGCAACCGCAACAAGCUGACCCGGGAGAGCGGGACAGACUUCCCCAUCCCCGUGAUCCCCCCGGUGCCGGACGUGGAGACAGAGAAGCUCAUCCGGGAGAAGGACGAGGAGCUGCGGCGGAUGCAGGAGAUGCUCCAGAAGAUCCAGAAGCAGAUGAAGGACUCGCACUAGCCCAUCCCUCCUCCUCCUCGUCCUCCUCCUCGUCCUCCUCCUGGCCCCAUCAGAAAUGUUUACAUCACGCUCCUCCCGCCCGGCCCCGCUGCCAGACUCGGUACCAACACCCACCCACCACCUUAAGCUGCGGCAUCGCCUUAUCCAACCCCCAGCGCCCGCGGGGACACCCGGGGACAGCGAGGGGACACCCGGGGACAGCGAGGGACAGGGCACCCAACCGGGGGUUCCCUGCCCCGCUCCCCCCCACUCACUGGGGACAGCUUGGUCCCCCAGGCUUUGG